UUUAGGACAUUCAAUAUACAUGACAAAUUUUGUUAGUUAACAAUAUUAAUUCAUUUGCCUUUCGUUGCCCAAUAUUAUAUAUCAAAAUUUUCCUAUAGUAUUUUAGUUUAUUAUUUAGUUGGAUAUCGAAUAUUCCCGCAUUAUGUAUUUUGGUGGUGAUACCAAUUUGCAGAGGCUUCUCAGAGAAUAUGGUCUCGAUCAUUUGGAUUUUCGAAGCGAAAGCGAGGAACUAAAUUGUUCAGUGCCGGCAAUCUUAGAGUUUCCCAAUAUAAUGCGAAAGAAAAGCAUUUUAUCGACAGUUAUUUGCUUUGCUCUUAGUAUGUAUCUGUUUGUAUUUCUUGCCAUUGUUUGUGAUGAUUACCUAGUACCAACUAUGGAGAGAUUAUGUUACAGUCUCCGAUUGACAUAUGAUGUGGCUGGGGCCACUUUCCUGGCUGCUGCCACCUCGGCACCCGAACUAUUUGUUGCCUUUGUGGGCACAUUUGUCACCGAAGGCGAUAUCGGUGUGGGCACAAUUGUUGGCUCAUCGGUUUUCAAUGUCUUGGGCAUUGCUGCCGUUUGUGGAAUUUUCACUGGAGUGACGGCUCAAUUAGACUGGUGGCCAAUAACCCGGGAUACCGUCUGGUAUGUAUUAUCCGUAAUAGUCUUAACCGGUGUGCUAUGGGACUCGUCAGUAAAUUGGUAUGAAUCCGCAAUUCUGUUAAUAUUAUAUGUCUUCUAUUUGGUGUCGCUGCUGUUUGAUCGGAAACUUCAAUCCUGUUGUCGCACACUCGAAGAGGAACAAGAUAUGAUGGAUGAAGAUCCAAUGACACGCGAAGAAGAGCCACUUUUGACAUUUCGCGAUCAUGUUUGCAAGAAGCCCGAUCCGGAGGACAGUUGGAUAAAGAAGGUAUGGUGGGCAAUCCAAUACCCAGCCAUAUUCAUACUGGCCUGCACCACGCCCAGUGUGCGUACAAUAUACUUUCUUAGCAUGCUGGUGGCCGUGGUGUGGAUCAGUGUGAUAUCGUAUCUGGUUUCUUGGUUUCUCACCAUUGUGGGCUAUAACAUUGGCAUUCCCGAUUCCAUCAUGGGUCUCACAGUUCUUGCCGCUGGCACCAGUGUGCCAGAAGUUGUGUCAUCGUACAUAGUUACCAGAAAGGGCUAUGGUUCGAUGGCCAUUUGUAAUGCGAUUGGCUCCAAUACCUUUGAUAUCUUUAUCUGUCUGGGUCUCCCAUGGCUACUUAAAUGCUUGAUCACUGGAUCCGCUGUUCUUAUCAAUUCAAAGAGUUUAACCAUAACCACAUCAUUGCUCAUGAUAUCAAUGUUUCUACUCUAUAUAACAUUUGCAGCAACGAAAUUUGUUUUAGGCAAAGUCGUUGGAUGGAUCUCACUUAUCACCUAUGCCGUAUUCUUGAUUGUUGCCUGUACCAUAGAGAUGAUGGACAAUACAAAGGAAGUGUGCGACAUUGAAGGAGAAUAUUCCUACUUAAACAAAGCAGCAGCUUAAAAAAAAGAAACCAAAAAAAAAAAAAAACAGCAAAACCAAGCAUAUGCCAUUAUCCGCCAAAUUUCUAAAUGAUUAGUUUUUUGGUUACAUUGUGUUUUAAAAUAAUUUCAAAUACCUGUCGAUGAUCAACUCAAAAUGAAGUGAAUUUAAAGCAAUACAUUUGGAUUAGAGACAAUUUAAGAGAAGUAACACUAUAAUAUUUAUGAAAUGUCAACCGUUUUGGGAUCAUUACUGUCUGUUGGAAUUCUACAGAAGCAUUCUAAGAAGAAAGGUGUAAAAUUCAGACUUAUGUAUUUCAAAUAUAUUAAGAUCAAAAUUAA